AUGACGAAAAAAUCAGAACCAGAAGUGUUUCUAUGGAAAAACAUGAAGAAUCAGUACUUUGCGACAUUCGCAGCUAAUUUGUUGAUAUUUUCAAGCGGAGCAGUGAAUGGAUGGGUUUCCCCUGCUCUAUCAGUUUUAGCGUCAGACAAAUCACCGCUCAUAUCUGGAGCUUUAACAACAGAUGAAAUUUCAUGGAUUGGAUCAAUAAAUGUCUUGGGAGCCAUGAUGGGCACACUCUCAUUAGGCUACUUUAUAUCCUUGAUGGGUAGCAAGCGUGCAAUACUUCUGCUGACGAUCCCGAUCAUCGUAUUUUGGCUGCUAGUUUACUUUGGUAAUCAUUAUUACUAUCUUCUAUUGGGCAGAGUAUUUGCUGGCAUAGGUGGUGGUGGAGUACUCACAGCACUCAUUCUAUAUGUGUCCGAAAUUUCUGACGAUAAUAUUCGUGGCCGACUUAUAAGCAGCAUUCAUUUCAUACGGAACUUUGGCAUUCUUGUUGGCUUCAUUUUGGGUGCAAGUGUUGACUACAUGGUUAUUCCACGCAUAUCUGGCAUUUUUCCGAUUGUUUUCAUAGUAAGUUUUGUGAUGCUACCGAAUACGCCACGGUAUCACCUCCAGAAAGGACAGAUUCAAAAAGCCGAAGCUGCAUUGAAAUAUUACAAUGGCUUUAAAGGGAAGAGUAAGCAGGAAGAUGAUGCUCUUUAUAAAGAAUUCGAACGAUUGAAAUCGAUCGUGAACGAAAGGAAAACCGAAGAGAAAUUGCAGGCAUCGGACUUUUUCAAUCGAAGUGCGUUGAAAGGACUUGGCAUUGGAAUCAUACUAACCACACUGUCUCAGCUUACAGGAACUCCCAUAAUAACUAAUUACGCUGUGAUGAUUUUUGAAAAAGCUGGAACAUCAAUGGAUCCAUAUGUGUCGUCAAUCAUGUUGGGGAUUGCACUCCUUCUUGGUUCGAUAUGCACGACUUACCUGGCCGAUAAGCUUGGGCGGAAAUUUUUGAAUAUCAUGUCUCUGGUUGGUUCGGCCCUUGGACUGUUUGCUGUAUCGCUUUAUCACUAUCUGAAUAUAAAUGGCUAUGAUUUGUCGUCAUACCAAUGGGUGCCAGUGUUGAGCCUAUCAUUUGUGAUUUUCAUAUCAGCGGCCGGUAUCAUUGCAUUGUCACUCGUUUGCAGCAUCGAAUAUUUACCAUCCAAGAUUCGAACCCCUGGCAUGGCGUUCAUCGGUUUUGCAUUCAACAUAACGACGUUUACAUCUGUUAAACUGUUGCCAUUUCUUUUGGAAGUGAUCGAUCUGCACGGAUGCAUGACAAUAUUCGGAGUCAGUUGUGCCUUGGGAGCAAUCUUCAUUUACUUUUUUGUGGAAGAAACCAGUGGACAAUGUCUGGACGAUGUUGGA